GUAUGAUUAUGUUGAAGUGAUUGAUGGAGAUAAUGCUGAAGGACGCUUAUGGGGAAAGUACUGUGGAAAAAUUGCUCCCCCUCCUUUAGUGUCUUCAGGACCAUAUCUUUUUAUUAAAUUUGUUUCCGACUAUGAGACACAUGGAGCAGGAUUUUCUAUCCGUUAUGAAGUUUUCAAAAGAGGACCUGAAUGUUCCAGAAACUUUACUUCACCAAGUGGAGUGAUAAAGUCCCCCGGAUUCCCUGAAAAAUAUCCAAAUAGCCUUGAAUGCACUUACAUUAUCUUUGCACCAAACAUGUCAGAGAUUGUACUGGAAUUUGAAAGCUUUGAGCUAGAACCCGAUUCAAAUACUCCAGGGGGAGCAUUCUGUCGCUAUGACCGAUUGGAAAUCUGGGAUGGAUUCCCUGAGGUUGCCCCACACAUAGGGCGUUAUUGUGGGCAGAACAACCCAGGACGUGUCCGGUCUUCAACAGGGAUUCUGUCAAUGGUAUUUUACACCGACAGUGCAAUAGCAAAAGAAGGAUUCUCAGCAAACUACAGCGUGUUGCAGAGCAAUGUAUCAGAAGAUUUCCAGUGCAUGGAACCACUAGGUAUGGAGUCAGGAGAAAUUCACUCUGAUCAAAUCACUGUCUCCUCUCAGUACAGUGCUAUGUGGUCUUCAGAAAGGUCCCGGCUAAAUUACCCUGAGAAUGGAUGGACCCCAGGGGAAGAUUCUGUAAGAGAAUGGAUACAGGUAGAUCUAGGCCUUCUCCGCUUUGUUUCUGGAAUUGGGACCCAAGGAGCCAUCUCAAAAGAAACAAAGAAAGAAUAUUAUCUGAAAACAUACCGUGUAGAUGUCAGCUCCAAUGGAGAGGACUGGAUUACACUGAAGGAGGGAAACAAGCCUGUUGUGUUUCAAGGGAAUAGCAAUCCCACUGAUGUUGUUUACAGACCUUUUGCCAAACCAGUUUUAACGCGGUUUGUGCGAAUUAGACCUGUGUCUUGGGAAAAUGGAGUAUCUCUGAGAUUUGAAGUUUAUGGCUGCAAGAUAACAG